UCCUGAGUUGUGGUAUGAGUACUUCACAGCCCAUCUCUUUUAAAAUCUCAAACAGAAAGCACACACCAAAUGCUGGCUGGCCUAGACCACCCAUAUCACCUCCCACAGCCCCACUUUCCUUCAGAACCGGAGAAUGUGCUUCCCUCCAGCUCCACUAUGCAACCACAAGACAAUGGGACACCCUCCAUCUCCACCAUGCACCACAAGACAAUGGGACACCCUCCAUCUCCACCAUGCACCACAAGACGACAGGACGUUGUCCGGCUGCGCCAUGCGACCACAGGAUCACAGAACGCCAUCCAGCUCCACCAUGCCACCACAAGACAAUGGGACACCGUCCAGCUGCGCCAUGCCACCACAAGAUGAGAGAACGCCAUCUAGCUCCACCAUGCCACCACAAGACGACAGAACACCCUCCAUCCCCAGUACCCCAAGGUCAAGAGCAAAAGGGCGGGCUUAUACACCCAGGACUGCAAGAUACAUUGCAAAGCUGAAGCAGCAAGUAGCAAGGCACAGAAAGGCCCUGAACCGUCUCAAGGAAUAGAAAGGAAAAGCGGUGGCAAAACGAGACGCAUUACUCGUAAUGAAACGGUUCAUGCCCAGCGAGAUUUUCGCAUUGGUGUCUAAUCAUAUCGACCUCCUGCACGUAAACAAGCAUGGUAGGAGAUGGCCAGCGGUGGUCCGAAAGUUUGCGAUGAACCUCUUCUUUCACGGGCCUAAAGCUUACCGGUUUGUUGCAUCAAACUUGCACCUUCCAAGCAUAAGAACAAUCAAAAGGUGGCUUUCAAACAUACCGAUGAAGACUGGAAUAAUACCAGGUGUAAUAAAGACCAUUCGAGACACAACGGAGAACUGGAGCAAACGAGACAAGACAUGUUCUCUGAUGUUUGAUGAGAUGGCAAUAAAUUGGCUGCUACAGUAUGACAUAAAGCAUGACAUUGUUCGGGGCUUCGCAGAUGACGGAGUGGAGACAUCGCCUCGUGUGGCUAACGAAGCCUUCGUUGUGCUUGUGUCUGGUAUAUCGAGGAGCUGGGUUCAACCAGUUGCGUUCGUGGCUUCACACAAUUCAACACCAGCCCCUACUAUAAAAAGAUUGCUGCUGGACAUCAUUGGAAAACUCAAAGAAGUAGGCAUGAUCGUAAAAGCAGUGAUUUGCGACCAGGGGUCUAACAACGUUGCACUGUCCACCCUGCUCAACGUGUCACCUGAACGGCCAUACUUCAUGCUGAAUGACGACAAGAUUUUCUUUCUUUUCGGCACACCUCACCUCAUUAAGUGCACAAGAAACAACCUGCGCCAGCAUGUUCUAAAAAUUGGCUCACAGACCGUGGAGUGGUCUCAUAUAGUUGCCCUCCACGAAAGCACCAAUCCCCGCGACUAAAGUUAGCCCCCAACCUCACUGACAAACAUAUCUACAAGCACCCAUUCGCAAAUAUGAAUGUUCAAAGAGCAAAGCAAGGUGUUAAGCGCCACUAUCUCCCUAGCCUUGUUUGUGCUUGUGUCUCUCCAGGAAUUGCCUGUGUCCGCAAGGUCGACAGCAGAGUUCGUGGAGCGAAUGGACAAGCUGUUUGACACCUUGAACAGCUCAUGUGUGAGACAGAAGGGUUCAAAGUUACGUUUUGCAAUUUCCGAAGACUCUGACCACAUCCACUUCCUGGAGGAAUGCCUACUCUGGAUUGACCUGUGGCACUUUGAAUCUUCCCGUCAACCGCAUACCAUCAGGGGAUGGAAAAUAACGAUCAGGGCUGUGAUACUCCUGUGGCAAGACAUGCACGCAAAUUAUGGAUACAAUUAUCUCCUCACAAGAAGGUUGCAGCAGGAACCUCUUGAGAACUUGUUUGGGAUAGUGCGUCAGCAGCACGGGUGCAACGAGAACCCCAGCGUAUUGCAAUUCACUGCAGGACUCAAACACAUAUGCAUUUCAAAGCUCAUGAAGCUCUCAAAAGAAGGAAAUUGUCAAGAAGACACCGCAGUGAUGCUGGCGAGCCUUGCAAGUGAAAGCAGUGUGUCGGAGCCAACAGCAGCGACCCAAGAUGGACAAACAGCAUCUUUGUCCCAGUCGACAGACUCUCCAGUACCGUGGGCAGCAAGCUCAAAGAUAGUCGAUGAUAAUGUCCAGUACUAUGUUGCUGGCUGCCUCGUUAAAGACUUCCUCAAAAUCUGUCCAGAUGCAUGUGUGUGUGCACGCUUCCUGAAACCCGAAGACCAAGACACUCUGAGUGGCACGCACCAAUUCCUGGCUCUUCUCAAAGCAAACGACGUACCUGGCGAGAUGUUUGGGAACAUUACUGUCCCGUCUGAUAACUGUUUUCGUCACGUUCAAGCAAUGGAGACUGUUUUCUUGGACACCAUUGGUUCCGUGUGCCAUUUGCCAAAUGUGUGCAGGUCGCUGUGUGGCGUACUCAGACUCAGCACAGACAUCUUCUGUAGUGCGGCAUGCCAUGAUAGAUUUGCAAAACAGUAUGUACAUAUGCGUCUGAAAUGGCAUCUGCGGUUUGUCAAUCGUAGCCUCAAACUACAUAAGUCCAGGCAUUCAGCAGCUGCCAGGAAAGGCAAGAAGCUUGCAUAAUCCCAUGGCACAGCACCGCGCACGCACAGUAUACGCACAGUGUCAAGGAACUUUGUGUACGACCUGUUCCCACGUGAAUUUUUUUUUUCGUGACUAGCGGAGCAUGUGCCAUAAGAGGUUCUCUCUGUUUUUGUGAAUGUAAUGCUACAUGCCAAUUUUUCUAAAUGUUGUGACAUCUAGGUACACUUAUGCUUGUAAUGUGUGAUACUAUGCUAAUAAGGCUUUAUAUUUUGUUGCAUUAUUUUUGUUAGAACUCUCCAAAUGUCUUUGGUCAUUAUCUGGGUCACAUGCACUCUUUGUGUAUUUGUCUGGCAUCACGUUUGUUCUCUUACCCUAGUCUCAGCUUUAGUCUUUUGUGUACCACACAUAUCUUAAUAUUGCUUCAGAUGGCCUCAUAAAAUUGCUCUCCGUUCUGUUAUUUCAUGUGCUUUUACGCAAUACUGGAUACGCCAUGAUCAUUCCGUCAUUCCUGUCAAUGUUCUGCUACUGACAUCACGUAGAUGUAUAUGUCUAAGGUAGCUGAAAGUACCAACUAUGAUCCAAAGCACCAGUGUUAAUGCGUGUUAGUCUGUUUGACUGGUUCCACCGCACUGGCGAAAUGUGUGCACAGGGCACUGAGAUAUGUCCCUGAUCAAUGUGAUUGAGACUAAUCCGUAUUUGCCGUGAGGGUUCGUGUUGUAGCUAUACAAUUGUCUCAAAUUCUUCGAGUAUAUUUUAUUUACAUUUUUAGAGAGAUCGCUCUUCUUGUGUACAUAGCGUGUAUAUCUUGACGCACAGUUUGUCUUCCACCCUCGAUUACUGCACACUGUUCAUUACCUUAUCAAAAUAGAUACUAACCGCCAGUGAAUUUUCCUGUGAAGUGGUUUUCUCAUAAUCGCUAUCGAUGUCAAUAGAGUUCCUACUUCCUUAAACGCACAUGUACAGCUUGUAACGAUAACUGUUUCAAUACACCUGAUGA